AGCACCUUCUACUCAAGAUACUAGUUUUAUUGAGAAGAUGAAGAAAACAGUGAGUGUUUUUCAAUUUUUCAGUAUAUUGGGGGUGGGAAGGAUAAUGGUCUAGCUUCUACACUGGCUUUACAUAAUGGUUCUUAGGAAGAGGACGGCUUGAUGGAUUGCAGUGGAUCCUCCUGACUCCUCAGUCCAGACUUGGGUUCAAAUGCUAUUUGAAAUCAUUUAAAAUAUGUUCUGGGCAGGAUUGAGCUUUUCUGGUACAAUAGAAUCGAUAGAAUAGUCGAAAUGGUGAAAACCCCGCCCAUCUGGCAAUCCAGGCAGGAAAGAGUAAAUGCUAAAAGUAUUUGAACCUAGGUCUGCGCAGUACUAGCUGACCAUGAGAAAUUGAUAUACACUACCAGUCAAAGGUUUGGACACACCUACUCAUUCAAGGUUUUUUCUUUAUUUUUACAUUGUAGAAUAAUAGUGAAGACAUCAAAAAUAUGGAAUCAUGUAGUAACCAAAAAAGUGUUAAACAAAUCAAAAUAUAUUUUACAUUUGAGAUUCUUCAAAUAGCCACCCUUUGCCUUGAUGACAGCUUUGCAUGCUCUUGGCAUUCUCUCAAUCAGCUUCAUGAGGUAGUCACAUGGAAUGCAUUUCAAUUAACAGGUGUGCCUUCUUAAAAGUUAAUUUGUGGAAUUUUCUUCUUAAUGCGUUUGAGCCAAUCAGUUGUGUUGUGACAAGGUAGGGGUGGUAUACAGAAGAUAGCCCUAUUUGGUAAAAGACCAAGUCCAUAUUAUGGCAAGAACGGCUCAAAUAAGCAAAGAGAAACGACAGUCCAUCAUUACUUUAAGACAUGAAGGACAGUCAAUCCGGAAUAUGUGAAGAACUUUGAACGUUUCUUCAAGUGCAGUCGCAAAACCAUCAUGUUACAUCGCUAUGAUGUAACUGGCUGUCAUGAGGACCGCCACAGGAAAGGAAGACCCAGAGUUACCUCUGCUGCAGAGGAUAAGUUCAUUAGAGUUACCAGCCUCAGAAAUUGCAGCCCAAAUAAAUGCUUCAUAGAGUUCAAGUCACAGACACAUCUCAACAUCAACUGUUCAGAGGGGACUGUGUGAAUCAGGCCUUCAUGGUCGAAUUGCUGCAAAGAAACCACUACUAAACGACACCAAUAAGAAGAAGAGACCUGCUUGGGCCAAGAAACACGAGCAAUGGACAUUAGACCAGUGGAGUCCAAAUUUGAGAUUUUUGGUUCCAACCGCCGUGUCUUUGUGAGACGCGGUGUGGGUGAACGGAUGAUCUCCGCAUGUGUAGUUCCCACCGUAAAGCAUGGAGGAGGAGGUGUUAUGGUGUGGGGGUGCUUUGCUGGUGACACUGUCUGUGAUUUUUUUUAGAAUUCAAGGCACACUUAACCAACAUGUCUACCACAGCAUUCUGCAGCGAUACGCCAUCCCAUCUGGUUUGGGCUUAGUGGGACUAUCAUUUGUUUUUCAACAGGACAAUGACCCAAAACACACCUCCAGGCUGUGUAAGGAGAGUGAUGGAGUGCUGCAUCAGAUGACCUGGCCUCCACAAUCCCCCGCCCUCAACCCGUUUGGGAUGAGUCGGACCGCAGAGUGAAGGAAAAGCAGCCAGCAAGUGCUCAGCAUAUGUGGGAACCCCUUCAAGACUGUUGGAAAAGCAUUCCAGGUGAAGAUGGUUGAGAGAAUGCCAAGAGUGUGCAAAGCUGUCAUCAAGGCAAAGGGUGGCUAUUUGAAGAAUCUCAAAUAUAAAAUAUAUUUUGAUUUGUUUAACACUUGUUUGGUUACUACAUGAUUCCAUAUGUGUUAUUUCAUAGUUUUGAUGUCUUCACUAUUAUUCUACAAUGUAGAAAAUAGUAAAAAUAAAGAACAACCCUUGAAUGAGUAGGUGUGUCCAAACUUUUGACUGGUACUGUAGGCUUGAGUAAGCAAGUGUGAUUUGGCUGCAAAGUCCUCAGAUAUCAGAAGGUGAAAUAAAUACAAUAAUGAUGGUAUUGUACAACGUUAUUUAGUUUGGUGUCUGUUGCUCACUGUCUAAUGAUGUAUCAUGGGAACCAUAAAUGGUGAAAUACACUGAGUAUACAAAAAAGAAGACCUGCUCUUUCCAUGACAUAGACUGACCGGGUGAAAGCUAUGAUCCCUUAUUGAUGUCACUUGUUAAAUCCACUUCAAUCAGUGUAGAUGAAGGGGAGGAGACUGGUUAAAGAAGGAUUUUUAAGCCUUGAGACUAUAUAGAGCCCAACACUGUGAUAAUAAAAAUGAAUGGUGGAAAAACUAUUGGAACCAAUUCCCUGUUUGCCCGCUAUGUUUUAUGGGUAUUAUGACUCAUACUGUGGUACUCUAUUGAGACAUGGAUUAUGUAUGUGUGACAUUCAGAGGGUGAAUGGGCAAGACAAAAGAUUUAGGUGCCUUUGAACAGGGUAUUGUAGUAGGUACCAGGCGCACCGUCAAGAACUGCAACGCUGCUGGGUUAUUCAUGCUCAACCGUUUCCUGUAUCAAGAAUGGUCCACCACUCAAAGGACAUCCAGCCAACUUGACAUAACUGUGGGAAGCAUUGGAGUCAACAUGGGCCAGAAACCCUGGAGUUUUUUCCUGGCUGCCAGGUCAUGUGGUCAGUAAAAUUGUUGCUGCUAUUUCCCUCUCCAGGGUAGGAACAUCGUGGUAUUCUACGGCUCUCAGACAGGCACGGGCGAGGAGUUUGCCAACCGGCUGUCCAAAGACGCCCAGCGCUACGGCAUGAAGGGUAUGGCUGCCGACCCCGAGGAAUACGACAUGGUAACUAACUAACGACAUUCCUAUAUCAGCGUUUAUAUGGUUGAAAGGAACACACUUAGGGCGUUGAAAUUCGUUACCCUGGUUCCGUUUUUCUGGAUCGUUUGAGAAUUUUACUAAAUUGUUAUUUUCAGAAGAUCUGAAAAUAACCGUUUCAGGGUGCGAUUUGCAUUCUACAUGACGUUAGCAAGCUAGCUUGUUUACAAUGGGCAAAAAAGUACCAUGCGACUCAUGUUGCCGCGUCACAACACCUGGUACUCUGGUCCUGGGUCUUGGACCCGCUACUCACACUGGUCCAGGAUUCACUUCAGUCAGGGUUUGUUUGCAUUUCACAUAGCGCGGAUCAGUAUUAGUCUCUCUUGAGCCAAGGACCUGUUCUGUAAAAUUGAAAAGCUAAUAGUGCCCUAAAUGGUAUACAGCACAUGUGAUAGCGAAUCUCUAAUGUCCUGGCAUCUUCUAAUCCACAGUGUGAGCUGACCCGUCUGGCUGAGAUUGACAACUCCCUGGCCAUCUUCUGCAUGGCCACUUACGGAGAGGGAGACCCCACGGACAACGCCCAGGACUUCUAUGACUGGCUGCAGGAGACCGACGGGAAACUGGAUGGAGUCAACUACACCGUGAGUAUCUCUAGGUCUCUCUCGCUCGCUCUCUCUCCUCUCCCCCCAUCAUUCAUAAUCAGGGCCAGGAGUUUGCCCAAUUAAAACUCCAAUUGGCUCCAUUCACAAACAUUUGCCAAGCGUUCACUUUCAAAUGUGUAUUUCACAUGGUUGAACUUUAGUGUGAGACCGAGAUGAGUUAUGCCAACAUGCAAAAAAUACAUUUACAUUUUAGUCAUUUAGCAGACGCUCUUAUCCAGAGCGAUUUACAGUUAGUGAGUCGUGGCUUUAUGUGUAUGGUUGAGUUCUAGCUUCGGCCAUAGCUGACAUGCGUGCCGUCCUGGCUGGUUGGGCAUUGUUGAGGUCGGUCCAACGGUCCUGCCCUCAAUGGGGUGAAGAAUUUUACUUCUGACUGAAGCGAAUCUGGCCUGGCACUCUGAAUGGUCACUUGGGCUCCUUUCAAUCCCUGCCAUUGUCUUUCUGUCCUAGACUGGAAAGACUGCAUUAAUUACACUGAAUGAAAGAUGAUAAACUUUCACAAUGUACUAGCAGCAGGAGCUUGCGUUCAGUGUGUGUGCAUGUCUCAGUGUGUCUUGUGUGCGUGUUUAAAUGUUGUGUACAUAGUAUACAAUAUGUUGAACAUGAGUGUUUUUAAACUGGGAGUGACUGAUGUUGACAUGUCUCUCCCUGCAGGUGUUUGCGUUGGGUAACAAGACAUAUGAACACUACAAUGCCAUGGGGGCUUACGUGGACAAGAGGCUGGAGGAGCUGGGAGCCAAGAGGGUCUUCGACCUGGGCAUGGGAGACGACGACGGCAAGUGAGUGAGGCUGCGUUGGAGGGGGGUGCGUCCCAAUCUCCUUUCUCCUGAAGAGUGCACUAGUUUAUUACUUCCCAGAAAUCUAAAGGCAUUGGAUUGGUGGAGGCAUGGGUUAAUGAGAGUUUCCACCGUUUCUUAUACCAGUCAUUUCCUUUCAAAUCAGUGAAGGGAAGUGAAUGAGUGCACACUUUGGGAGGAAGGAGAGAUAAUUGGGAAAAAACCUUGGAUCGCUCCCGAAUCAAAGUGGGACUGAUGUUUUCAGACCCUUAAUGUAGAGAUCCAAAUGAAUGGCCAAAUGAUGGAAAUGGGAGUUGAUAAGAGGGUGUUUUCUACUUAUUUUCAUCGUUCAGCCUGGAGGAGGACUUUGUGACAUGGAGGGAGCAGUUCUGGCCAGCCAUGUGCGAGCACUUUGGAGUGGAGGCUUCAGGAGAGGACUCCAGGUACUUAGCCCAAUUUAUUGUCUUUAUCACAUUCUCAUUUUCCCUCCUCAAUUCACACACACAAAGAGUAUGGAAGGAGUGAUGUGCAGAUUAACUCUCGCUCCACAUUAGCAUUCGUCAGUACGAGCUCAAGGAGCACAAUGACAUCAACAUGAACAAGGUGUACACAGGAGAGUUGGGGCGUCUGAAGAGCUUUGAGACCCAGAAACCGUGAGUUCUUCUACCCCAUCCUCUUCACUUAUCACUGCUACAGAGUGUCUGUCAUUCAUGUUUUAUAGAUUUCUCACUCAAAACGAGUAUUACUGCCCCCUAGUGGAGCUAAAGGGGAUUUCCUUGUUGGAACGCUAAAGUGCAACACUGCUUCAUCCGUCGGUGUUCACCUCUAUGAUUUACCUCAUGUUGUCUCUGCUUACUGAUGUGCACAGUUCACUGGUUUGAAAUUCUAAUGAUUAUUUUCCCCCCAGGCCUUUUGAUGCAAAAAACCCCUUCCUGGCUCCAGUCACUGUUAACCGCAAGCUCAACAAAGCAGGUGACAGGCAUCUCAUGCACCUUGAAGUGGACAUUACAGGCUCCAAGAUUAGGUAAGAGAGAGAGCCAUAACUUUGUCUUUGUAUCAUUACCAAUCUAUCUCUACCUCCCAGACAGUAUUUCCUUAAAAAUAAUAGGCUACACUUCUUUGAUGAAAUGGUGCCUUUUCACAUAGUGGAAAGAUGACUUGAAAACCCUUUGUCAUUCUGUCUUUGUAGAUAUGAGUCGGGAGACCACGUUGCCGUCUAUCCCACCAAUGACACAGCAAUCGUGAACAAACUGGGACAGAUCCUUGGCGUGGACCUUGAUACGGUUAUCUCUCUCAAUAACCUUGAUGGUACGGCACUGACCUGACGCAACACCUUCACUCAGUCCUCCGAAUAUCUCUCGAUGUCUUUUGAAGAUCCUUAAACACAAACAUUCUGUUUGGACAUCUCUUGAAAUGUUACUCUCACUGUAUUUACUUUUUUAGAAGCAGAAGAAGGUUUUGUGUAAUCACCAACUGUGUCUUAUUACUUUAAACCUUAGGGUCGGUUUCCCUUACCCAGAUUAAGCCUAGUCCUGGACUAAAAAGAAAAAGCUUAAUUGAGAAUACUUUUUAGUCCGAGAUUAGGCUUAAUCUGUGUCUGGGAAACUGUCCUUAAUUGUAUAACCAAUGUUAAUGUGAUGUUAUCUGAUGCUGUUUAUCAGAGGAGUCCAAUAAGAAGCACCCGUUCCCUUGCCCCACCACCUACCGUACGGCUCUGACCCACUACCUGGACAUCAUCCACCCGCCUCGCACCAACGUCCUGUAUGAGCUGGCCCAGUACGCCACCGACCCCAAGGAGCAGGAGAACAUGCGCAAGAUGGCCUCGUCUGCUCCCGAGGGCAAGGUGUGUGGCUCUGACACCGUGUUAACUGAUCUCUUCUCUCUACUAUUCUAAUCAAAGUAGUCAAGAUUACCUCAACAUACACAAGAUGGGUUAUUGGUAGUGGGAAAGUACGCUUAAGCCUCAGGGUUGGGGUCAAUUCAUUCAGGAAGCAAACUUGAGAAAGCAAUGAGAAAAGUUGGAAUUAGAAUUUAAAUGUACUUCCUGACUGAAUUGUAAUGGAAUUGACCCCAAACUUGAUAAGCCUAUAACACAAUGUGAAAAGUUUCUCCUAAGCAUACAGUGGCUUGCGAAAGUAUUCACCCCCUUGGCAUUUUUCCUAUUUUGUUGCCUUACAACCUAGAAUUCAAAUGGAUUUUUUGGGGGUUUGUAUCAUUUGAUUUACAUAACAUGCAAAAUGCAAAAUAUUUUUUAUUGUGAAACAAACAAGAAAUAAGACCAAAAAACUGAACUUGAGCGUGCAUAACUAUUCACCCCCCUCAAAGUCAAUACUUUGUAGAGCCACCUUUUGCAGCAAUUACAGCUGCAAAAAUUACGUCAUUUAGCAGACGCUUUUAUCCAAAGCGACUUACAGUCAUGCGUGCAUACAUUUUUGUGUAUGGGUGGUCCCGGGGAUCGAACCCACUACCUUGGCGUUACAAGCGCCGUGCUCUACCAGCUGAGCUACAGAGGACCACGGGGGUCUCUUGGGGUAUGUCUCUAUAAGCUUGGCACAUCUAGCCACUGGGAUUUUUGCCCGUUCUUCAAGGCAAAACUGCUCCAGCUCCUUCAAGUUGGAUGGGUUCCGCUGGUGUACAGCAAUCUUUAAGUCAUACCACAGAUUCUCAAUUGGAUUGAGGUCGGGGCUUUGACUAGGCCAUUCCAAGACAUUUAAAUGUUUCCCCUUAAACCACUCGAGUGUUGCUUUAGCAGUAUGCUUAGGGUCAUUGUCCUGCUGGAAGGUGAACCUCCUUCCCAGUCUCAAAUCUCUGGAAGACUGAAACAGGUUUCCCUCAAGAAUUUCCCUGUAUUUAGCGCCAUCCAUCAUUCCUUCAAUUCUGACCAGUUUCCCAGUCCCUGACGAUGAAAAACAUGAUGGUGUUCUCGGGGUGAUGAGCUUGCGCCAGACAUAGCGUUUUCCUUGAUGGCCAAAAAGCUCAAUUUUAGUCUCAUCUGACCAGAGUACCUUCUCCCACAUGCCUUUUGGCGAACACCAAACGUGUUUGCUUAUUUAUUUAUUUUUAAGCAAUGGCUUUUUUCUGGCCACUCUUCCGUAAAGCCCAGCUUUGUGGAGUGUACGGCUUAAAGUGGUCCUAUAGACAGAUACUCCAAUCUCCAUUGUGGAGCUUUGCAGCUCCUUCAGGGUUAUCUUUCGUCUCUUUGUUGCCUCUCUGAUUAAUGCCCUCCUUGCCUGGUCUGUGAGAUUUGGUGGGAAGCCCUCUCUUGGCAAGUUUGUUAUGGUGCCAUAUUCUUUCCAUUUUUUAAUAAUGGAUUUAAUGGUGCUCCGUGGGAUGUUCAAAGUUUCUGAGAUUUUUUUAUAACCCAACCCUGAUCAGUACUUCAUUUAUUCAUUUCAUUUAUGUCAUUUAGCAGACGCUCUUAUCCAGAGCGACUUACAGUUAGUGAGUACAUUACAUUUUAUUUUAUUCUUACUGGCCCCCCGUGGGAAUCGAACCCACAACCCUGGCGUUGCAAACGCCAUGCUCUACCAACUGAGCUACAUCCCUGCCGGCCAUUCCCUCCCCUACCCUGGACGACGCUGGGCCAAUUGUGCGCCGCCCCAUGGGUCUCCCGGUCGCGGCCGGAUACGACAGAGCCUGGAUUCGAACCAGGAUCUCUAGUGGCACAGCUAGCACUGCGAUGCAGUGCCUUAGACCACUGCGCCACUCGGGAGACUUUGUCCCUGACCUGUUUGGAGAGCUCCUUGGUCUUCAUGGUGCGGCUUGCUUGGUGGUGCCCCUUGCUUAGUGGUGUUGCAGACUCUGGGGCCUUUCAGAACAGAUGUGUAUAUAUACUGAGAUCAUGUGACACUUAGAUUGCACACAGGUGGACGUUAUUUAAUUAAUUAUGUGACUUCUGAAGGUAAUUGGUUGCACCAGAUCUUAUUUAGGGGCUUCAUAGCAAAGGGGGUGAAUACAUAUGUACGCACCACUUUUCCGUUAUUUAUAUUAUAGAAAUUUUUGAAACAAGUAAUUUUUUCAUUUCACUUCACCAAUUUGGACUAUUUUGUGUAUGUCCAUUACAUUAAAUCCAAAUAAAAAUCAAUUUAAAUUACAGGUUGUAAUACAACAAAAUAGGAAAAACGCCAAGGGGGAUGAAUACUUUUGCAAGACACUGUAGAUCUAGGAUCAGAUUAACUCCAACCUUAACCAAUUUAGGAGGAUGGUAAAUAUAUCUGACCCUCAUGUAUCUGACCCAGAUUCCUGACUCCAGAUCAGUGGUUAGGGGCAACUUCUACCUACUCCAUGUUAUCCCAGCUGAGUGUUGUUGUUAUGGUCUCCACUAGGCUCUGUACCAGAGUUUUGUGCUGGAAGACAACAGGAACAUCCUGGCCAUCCUGGAGGAUCUGCCGUCCUUGCGGCCUCCCAUCGACCACCUGUGUGAGCUCAUGCCCCGUCUGCAGGCCCGCUACUACUCCAUUGCCUCCUCCUCCAAGGUGAGCCUAUAUACAGAGGUGUAUCCAUGCACUGUAGCAAAACUUUUUGCAACAGAAAAAACUAAAACGGGCGUUUCUUUCGUAUGUUUCUAGUGAAUAUAUCCCAGUACAUCACCCCUAAUGACCCCACACCCUAACUCCUCUUAUGUCAAUACAUUUAUUUUUCAUGUUACAUUUACAAUAGUUAUUUAGCAGAUGCUGUCUUCCACUAGGAAGUAUAUUUAGAUAAUGUCAAACGACCAAGUUUUAUUAAAGGCCCAAUGCAGUCAAAACAUGAUUUUCCUGUGUUUUAUAUAUACAGUUGAAGUCGGAAGUUUACAUACACUUCAUUAAAACUCGUUUUUCAACCACUCCACAAAUGUCUUGUUAACAAGCUAUAGUUUUGGCAAGUCGUUAAGGACAUCUACUUUGUGCAUGACACAAGUAAUUUUAUUUAUUUCACUUAUAAUUUACUGUAUCACAAUUCCAGUGGGUCAGAAGUUUACAUACACUAUGAUGUCAUGGCUUUACAGAAAAUGAUGUCAUGGCUUUAGAAGCUUCUGAUAGGCUAAUUGACAUCAUUUGAGCCAAUGGAGGUGUACCUGUGGAUGUAUUUCAAGGCCUACCUUCAAACUCAGUGCCUCUUUGCUUGAAAUCAUGGGAAAAUCAAAAGAAAUCAGCCAAGACCUCAGAAAAAAUGUGUAGACCUCCAAGUCUGGUUCAUCCUUGGGAGCAAUUUCCAAACGCCUGAAGGUACCACGUUCAUCUGUACAAACAAUAGUACGCAAGUAUAAACACCAUGGGACCACGCAGCCUUCAUACCGCUCAGGAAGGAGACGCGUUCUGUCUCCUAGAAAUGAACGUACUUUGGUGCGAAAAGUGCAAAUCAAUCCCAGAACAACAGCAAAGGACCUUGUGAAGAUGCUGGAGGAAACAGGUACAAAAGUAUCUAUAUCCACAGUAAAACAAGUCAUAUAUUGACAUAACCUGAAAGGCUGCUCAGCAAGGAAGAAGGCCACUGCUCCAAAACCGCCAUAAAAAAGCCAGACUACGGUUUGCAACUGCACAUGGGGACAAAGAUAGUACUUUUUGGAGAAAUGUCCUCUGGUCUGAUGAAACAAAAAUAGAACUGUUUGGCCAUAAUGACCAUCGUUAUGUUUGGAGGAAAAAGGGGGUUGGUUGCAAGCCGAAGAACACCAUCCCAACUGUGAAGCACGGGGGUGGCAGCAUCAUGCUGUGGGGGUGAUUUGCUGCAGGAGGGACUGGUGCACUUCACAAAAUAGAUGUCAUCAUGAGGAAGGAAAAUUAUGUGGAUAUAUUGAAGCAACAUCUCAAGACAUCAGUCAGGAAGUUAAAGCUUGGUCGCAAAUGGGUCUUCCAAAUGGACAAUGACCCCAAACAUAUUUUCAAAGCUGUGGCAAAAGGGCUUAAGGACAACAAAGUCAAGGUAUUGGAGUGACCAUCACAAAGCCCUGACCUCAAUCCUAUAGAAAAUGUGUGGGCAGAACUGAAAAAGCGUGUGCGAGCAAGGAGGCCUACAAACCUGACUCAGUUACACCAGCUCUGUCAGGAGGAAUGGGCCAAAAUUCACCAAACUUAUUGUGGGAAGCUUGUGGAAGGCUACCCGAAACGUUUGACCCAAGUUAAACAAUUUAAAGGCAAUGCUACCAACUACUAAUUGAGUGUAUGUAAACUUCUGACCCACUGGGAAUGUGAUGAAAGAAAAAAGCUGAAAUAUUCUGAAUUGAAUUAUUCACUUUAUUCUUCUCACAUUCCAUGGUAAGUUACAUAACAAUGUAGUUGUUAGCAUGCCUUUAAAUGUUCUUGUUCAAAGUUUCGGGUAGCCUUCCACAAGCUUCCACAAUAAGUUGGGAUUUGCCCAUCCUACUGACGAGUGUGUAACUGAGUCUAGGCCUCUUGCUCUACUAUUAUUCUGACAUUUCACAUUCUUAAAAUAAAGUGGUGAUCCUAACUGACCUAAACAGGGAAUUUUUACUAGGAUUAAAUGUCAGGAAUUGUGAAAAAACUGAGUUUAAAAUGUUAUUUGGCUAAGGUGUAUGUAAACUUCUGACUUCAACUGUAUAUUUCUACACUGAGGUUAGAAUAAUACUUUGAAAUUGUGAAAAUUAUGAUAAUGCCCUUUUAGUGUAAGAGCUGUUUGAAAAGACAGCAUUACAUUUCUGCCUGUUUUUGUGUUAGGGAGUUUUGGCCUUCAAUGGUGACAUCACCAACGAGUAAGUUCAUUAAUAGACCAAUAAGAAAGAGUUCCAAACCUCUCUGCCAAUAACAGCACAUUUUCAGUUUCUCCCCUCUCCACUCAAAACCACUUCAAGACAGUCCUAGCAACAUUCUUGCUUGACAAAUUUCUCUUUGCUAAGAAGCUAUUUUUGUUUUAUUUUAAUUGAAAACAACCACAGUGAGGUAGUUAAUUUGAUAUUGAAAUAGAAAACCGCUGCAUUGGACCUUUAAGCGUCCAUUGUAGGUCAACCUGCAAUAGUGUGUUCUAAAAAGAGUGGUUAAUGAUGCCUUCUUUGUAGGUCCACCCCAAUAGCAUCCACAUCUGUGCUGUGCUGGUGGAAUACACGACUAAAACGGGGCGCCUCACCAAGGGAGUGGCCACCACCUGGCUGAAGAACAAACUGGUUGCGGACAACGGCCACAAGUCCACGGUGCCCCAUGUACAUCCGCAAGUCCCAGUUCCGCCUGCCCUUCAAGGCCAGCAACCCAGUCAUCAUGGUCGGUCCUGGGACCGGCAUCGCUCCCUUCAUGGGCUUCAUCCAGGAGCGAGGGUGGCUCAAAGAGCAAGGUACAUGGUAGACACCGUAAUAGAAGCUAGCCAGAGACGCAUGGAAAUGUUUACGUAUUUGAUGUUUUAUUAUGCUGCAUAGUCUUUCUUUAUGAGUUGUCAUGUUCUGUGUGACACUGACUCAAAUAAAGCACCUUAACUGGCUUGUAUGGAUACAAGUAAGCCAAUUGGUCUGCUUUUUCCUGUAGGCAAGGAGGUGGGGGAGACGGUCUUGUACUUUGGCUGCAGGCACAAGAACGAGGACUAUCUGUACCAGGAGGAGUUGGAGAAGGCUGAGAAGACAGGUGUGAUCACGAAGCUCAACGUGGCUUUCUCUCGGGACCAGGACCAAAAGGUAUUGUUUUAUUAGUUAUUCAGCACUAGGACCUUAAAAAAUCAUUAUUAAAAACAGUGAACAAUACUUUUCUGGUAGCUAGAAUAUGACAUAUUUAUUGAAUAGAUAGCCGUAGACCACCAUACAGCCACGUUGUUAUCUGAGCGUACACACCCUGCAGUUGGGACACCAAGACAAUUGUACUCCUUAUCAUAUUUCCAUAGCGUUCUUAAGUGUUGCCAAUCAUGGUUGUUGGUAGUAUAGACCGGUAUCUAUACCUGUCUGAUUCUGUACCAUUAGGUGUACUAUUAGUGGGGACGGUCAACACAUACUCUACACAGUCCUAGGCUAGCCCUCAGAGGAUACCUGAGGGAUGGGGUUUGUGGUGCCCCAUCUCAUAAAGAAAGAGGAACACGUUUCCUUGAAGGUCUGUUUUUUGUUUGAAGAAGACGGCAAGCUCGAGGAUGGUGUAAUAGCUCUCUCUUUCCUCUCACCGUCCCUCCAGGUGUACGUGCAGCAUCUCCUGAGGACCAACAAGGAGGACCUGUGGAGGCAGAUCCACACAGACAACGCACACAUAUACAUCUGCGGGUAAGGAAGGAUCUUCUCCAGUAACAUUUGCCCCUUGGCGAUAAAGUUGAUUGGAAUUGAAUUGACAUAUUUCUUGAAAGCACUCCCGAAUUCACAAAAUCCUCAAACAAGGGUUAAAAGACAAUUGUCUUAUAGAGAAAUGCUCCUGUUUUUAGGGAUGCGCGGAACAUGGCCAGGGAUGUGCAGACAGCUUUCUGUGAGAUAGCAGAGGAGCUGGGAGGCAUGACACGCACUCAGGCCACCGACUACAUCAAGAAACUGAUGACCAAGGGACGGUACUCGCAGGAUGUCUGGAGCUAAAACACCUAGGAUCCAACCACAUCCUAUGUUUGUUUGUUUUUAAUCUUGCAUUAUUAUUUGUGUCAGUUUGUGUCAGCAAUGGUUAUAAUGGGUCACCAACCCUGGUACUGGAGAGCUACCGGUUGUGCCGGCAUUUGUUCCCGCCAAGCACUAAAACAUCUGAUUCAAUUGAUUGCCUUAUCAUCAUCAUGACCUUGAUUAGUUCAGAUGGGUGUGUUUGUGCCGAGCUGGAAUAAAAGCCUACACACCCUGUAGCUCUCCGGGACCAGGAUUUGUGACCACUGGGGAAGGAUAUCGCUGCCGUCAUCUCUGGUUGUUUUAUUUCCAUGGAGCAACACAAGCACUCACCAAUGCACCACAAUAAUGGUUGGUCAUCCUCCAUUCAGAUUUAUUGAUAUUCUAUGUCAGUCGGCCAUCACUUUGGCAGUGUCAAAUGUAGUAUCACAUUUGUCGACGUCGUGAGAAGCAUCAUGUUUUUGCAGGAGAAGGAAAGUUUGAUAAUAAUAUACUGUAGCUGUACAUAAUUGUACGGUUCAAAGUGAGUGGGUGGGCUUAAAUACAAAACUCAUACAGUGAAAGUCUCUUCCUUAGGAAGUUGACCUAAUCUGGGUAUUAAAGUAUAUUCAGAAUACAUUAUAAAUAUUUUUGAUUUGUGAAAUAAAAAGUGAGAUAUUUUUGUCUACAAAAUCAGUAACUGAAAGUCUUAGUGUUUGUUUACCUUUUGCAUUUGGAUAAGGGAUAUAUAGCCUUUUAUGCAAUAAGGAUGUUACUGUACAUUUCUAAUCAAUCACAGUAACCCUUAGCAAGGCAUGAAAAAAGUACAAUGUUGUAAUUCAGUAGGAGAAAUUAUUAGCUUUUAUUUUCCACAAGACUGCCUUUUUAAAUAUAUCAAUGAAAAUGAUUUUUAGGUUCCCUGUAGUAUUUGUAUACAUGAUGCAAAUGGUUGACAAAGAAAAAAAAAAAAGUAAGCCUGGAAGGGGGAUGAGUAAAUAUCUCGACUUAAAUACUCGGCAUUAUCCAGUUUACGAUGAAACAAAAACUGAACACGUAC